UCUGAUCGAUGAAAUGAAUAAAAAAUAAGAAAAUGAGUGGAGUAUAGAAGAUUUAAGAACACAACACAUUCAUUGGGUAACCCACAAAAAUCAACAUAAAUUCCGUCAGAAUCUCGUCUCCUCCGCCUCAUCAGCUGAAUCUCUUCAACAGCAACCUCCAUACCCUCCCAAUUACCCCUAAGUCUGUCGAAAGUUUCAGUCUUUAUCCUCUUUGGGGCUGCUCUGAUCUUGUUAUAACGUUUUCCAUAACCGUUUGCUCUAGUUUUUCUUGCUUGUAUGGAACUCUAAACCAUCAAAAAAGAGGAAGAGAAAUUCGGCCAAGUUUUAGUUUCUCUUUCAGAAAAAAAUUCAUACUUGGCAAGAAAAUCAAUUUUGAGACACCCAAUUCAAGAUAUCUCGUGGGUUCUGAUGGGAUUUCUUAAUGAUGCCCAGAAUGACAGUGGUAAUGGAAAUUACGGUUUCAUGUCUCUCGUGAGGAGGAAACAGGUUGAUUCUGAUCGUGCCAAGACGUCGUUGUCUCAUCAUCAUUUGGCUAAGGCUCUCACUAUUCCUCAUCUCAUAGCGAUAGGAGUUGGAUCAACUAUUGGUGCUGGAGUUUAUAUUCUUGUUGGUACUGUUGCAAGAGAGCACUCAGGGCCGGCGCUUACAUUUUCAUUCUUGAUUGCUGGAAUAGCGGCUGCUCUUUCUGCAUUCUGCUAUGCCGAGCUAUCUAGUCGUUGCCCUUCUGCUGGAAGUGCCUAUCAUUAUUCUUACAUCUGCGUUGGAGAAGGGGUUGCUUGGUUGAUUGGUUGGGCAUUGAUUUUGGAAUACACAAUAGGGGGUUCAGCAGUUGCCCGCGGCAUAUCACCAAAUCUGGCCAUGCUUUUUGGGGGGGCAGAUAGCCUCCCUAUGUUUCUAGCUCGCUAUGCCAUCCCUGGGAUUGAUGUUGUAGUCGACCCUUGUGCAGCCGUCUUAGUUUUGGUGGUCACUGGACUUCUCAGUUUGGGAAUUAAAGAGAGUACAUUUGUCCAAGGAAUUGUCACUGCAGCAAAUAUUUGUGCCUUGAUCUUCGUCAUUGUAGCCGGAGGAUAUUUGGGUUUCAAGACUGGAUGGCCUGGUUACCAACUUCAGUCAGGAUAUUUUCCUUUUGGAGCUGAUGGGAUGCUUGCUGGUGCUUCAACUGUUUUCUUUUCCUACAUCGGGUUUGAUUCAGUUGCUAGUACAGCAGAAGAGGUCAAGAAUCCUCAGAGAGAUCUGCCCAUGGGUAUUGGUCUUGCUCUAUCAAUAUGUUGUGCCCUGUACAUGUUGGUUUCUGCAGUCAUUGUUGGUUUAGUACCGUAUUUUUCAAUGGAUCCGGACACUCCCAUCUCCUCAGCAUUUGCUAGUCAGGGAUGUAACUGGGCAGCGUAUAUAGUAACGAUAGGAGCUUGUACUGCUCUUUGUUCAACAUUGAUGGGUUCAAUCCUUCCACAGCCACGAAUACUAAUGGCAAUGGCCAGAGAUGGAUUGCUACCAUCAUUUUUUUCAGAAGUCAAUAAAAAAACACAAGUUCCACUGAAGAGCACCAUAGUGACUGGUUGCCUUGCAGCACUAUUGGCUUUUUUCAUGGAUGUCGAAGCGUUAUCUGGAAUGGUUAGUGUUGGCACACUUCUUGCAUUUACUAUGGUGGCAAUUUCUGUGCUGAUACUGAGAUACGUUCCACCGGAUGUUGUUCCAAUCCCGUCAUCACUUCAGGAAGCAAUAGAUUCAGUUUCUUCUAAAUAUAGGAGCACCACUGGUCUUAUAGAUUCUGAUGCAGAUGAUGUCAAUGCUAAAGCUAUUACAUCACAGAACCUUGUCCCAGUUCUAGUCAGCAAACAAUCACCUUUAGAAGAUCCCCUUCUUGAGAAAGAAGCUGUGCAGUUGAACUCAGGUUUCACUAGAGAAGAGAACCGGCGGACUAUUGCUGGCUGGACAAUCACGUGCACGUGCAUUGGUGUGCUCAUUCUAACUUCCGCUGCUUCAAGUCAGACCCUAUAUAGCACUUAUCGGUAUUCUCUAUGUGGAGUUGGUGGAGUUCUCCUUCUAUCCGGUCUCAUAGUCCUCACUUGGAUCGACCAAGAUGAUGCGAGGCACAGUUUUGGCCACACAGGCGGAUUCAUUUGCCCAUUUGUUCCGUUGCUGCCUGUUGCCAGCAUUCUGAUCAAUGUCUACCUAUUAAUCAACCUUGGCGGUGAUACUUGGAUGCGUGUAUCAGUCUGGCUGGCGAUUGGUGCACUCGUAUAUGCCAUUUAUGGCCGGAACCACAGCUCGUUGCAGAAUGUGAUCUACGUUCCUGCAGCUCACGUUGAUGAAAUCUACGACAGCGUCUCAGAACCUCAGCCGUGAGAUGGUCUCUCUGAAGAAGAGCACUCAUGUAGUUUUAGUAUGGAGGAGUAUUGGAUGAGGCAUAUCUGGGCUCUCAGAUUACCCAACUUUGUUAUAUAUGAUGCCAUAUUGUGACAUUACUUUGUUGAAUUUUAGUUCAUAGCUAAUACGGGAAAAGAUAAAGAAAGAGAGAGAGACAGAAAGAAAAAAAAAGCAUUAUAGUGUUGUGAAUAGCACAUAUUUCUUCAGUCAGUCCUGCAAUGGACUUGUACCAACAAUCUGUACAUAGUGUGGUAUUGUUAUUGGAUUUAAUGUUCUAAACAA